AUGCAUCAUCAACACUACUCAAGCAGAUCCUAUGACCAGAAUGAUCAUCACUCUCAGACGACCAACUCUUAUGCUCAAUCUUCAACUACACGACCUCAACAUCCUGAUCGUACGAUGAGUCGAGCAUCCAAUUUUCAUCCUCCAUCCACGCCUUCUCAACAAUUGCCACAACCAUCAGAGAAAUUGAGUGUCUCCACUCCUCCUUCCUCAAGGGGUGUACGUGCACUCGAGUCAACUCUCAAGAAAAUUCUAAACUCUCCAGAAAAGAAGACCAAACGAUAA